UUUGAAAAUCAAGGUAGAAUCGAUAUCACCAACAUACCGACUCUCCCUCGACUCCUACGUGAGAGUCAGCGCUCCCUCAGCUUGGUACUCCCAGUACUCUAGCUGUGUACGCUCUCCUCUGUCCCAGCGCUCCCCCAGCUUGGUACUCCCAGUACUCUAGCUGUGUACGCUCUCCUCUAUCCUAGCGCUCCCCUAGCUUAGUACUCCCAGUACUCUAGCUAUGUACGCUCUCCUCUCUUGUUGUCCCCGCUCCGUUCCUCCGCUCCUGCCUCCUUGUCUGUGUCCUAUUCAGGGCUCCAGACCCUAACACCCUUAUUCUCCCCCAUCGUUAUAUAAGCCUUUGCUUCUUUGCGUUUAUUUAACGAAAUCCUUUGGAAAGAAGAUAAAAAUCGAUCGAGAAAUCGGGUGGGGGUAGGUGGGUAGCGUUCGAGAGAGUAAAAAAACUUCGAGCACCGUCAAACGGUAGGUUUUCGAGUUUAAGGAAUUGAAAGUAGCUGUCGAACUGUAGCUACUAGUUUAAAAAGAAGGUCUCGAAAGGUUACUAUCGAUAGGCAGGCAAUUCGAGUUGUUUUCGGAAGAAUCGAUGGUUACCGUCGGUAGGUAGGUAUUCGAAUCGUUGUCAAAAGGUUGGUUGAAAAGGGAUAGAGCAACCAUUGCUCUCUUCGACUCGCGCGUCGGAAUUGGGUAUAACUCGCCCAAGGUAUCUUCGAGACGCUCCCAGCUUCUCCGGACGAUAGUCCAUUUUUCUUCGGACUUAAUACCCUUCGCGGUAGCCAGGGCGACGGCCCAGUGUCUUCAGGACUUAAUACCCUUCGCGGCAGCCAGGGCGACGACCCAGUGUCUUAGAAUAUAGAAGGCGACGACCUCCUGGGUUGUUCUGGCGUAGACACGCAUAUACCAGCUUGCUGCCCAUAUCGAAGAAACGACACUCCGGACACUCACAAUGCACACGCAAGCGCGUAAGCCGGGCUCAUAACCUGUUGAGAAAGAAUGACUCUCUCAGUCAUGGCAUCAUACGGGCAAGACGUUACCUACUCUGGCGAUCGCAACACUGACUUUACUCUGACUACGCGCACAAUGGGGCGCUACGAAACGAUCAAGGCGCAUACAAACGUGGCCAUUUCCUGGAUAGUGGAGACGGCUUGCGCCCACGGAAAUGGUGUGCGCGCUUUUGAUGAUACACAAGACCAGGGAGCCACAUCCACCAGUGUAGGUAGCACGGUCCCAAAACCCGGCCGCCUCAAAGGAAAGGCCCGCAAAGAAGCGAAGCAAAAUGCUCAGAAAUCGGCCGGAACGACAACAUACAGGGUCUCUACUGAGGAGAUAUUACGUCAGGGUCAAUACCUGCAGGAUCUUGGCGUGACCAUCGUCAUGUUGAGUAAUGUGUGGUGUUCAUUCAGAGAAGCUGUUCGGGGCCGUCAGAAAUACGCCGACAAAUUCGCACAGGAGCAACCGGAACACCAAGGCAACGCCGGACACGUAUACUUUCUCGAUGUGCUACGUCGAGUUACAGAAAUGCUGUCAGAGGUCAUUCAAGUUCAAAGGAUCUCUUCUAGUCAAAAUGAAACACAAGAAAACAGCUCUAGAUUCUCCAACUUGUUUGAAGCCCUGAGCAUUGACGAAGUCGAUGAACCGAUCGAGAGCCAACCUCAUGAUGACCCGGUCACUGAUGACUCGGCUCUUAAGGAAUCGAAUAAGCCUUCGACGACACGUUAUGAGCCAGCCAUUGAUGUAUCAGAGGAGCUCAACCUCCGUUGGUAUUGCUUUCGCGAUGAAGUAAUUUCUAUAACUGGGUGGGUAUCCCAGAUGUGGGCAGGCUAUACGAAAUCCGGCAAUAUCAAGGACCUAUGGCUUGUCACACUGCUAUCCGACCUAGCCAUUGAAAUGAUCUUCAAACUAUAUGAAGAGCUACCCGAGAAGUUAAAAACGGAUGAAGAAUCGACCAAAGUGUACGUCAGCGAACUUUCAGUGGAGCUGCGGGCUCGUCGCGACAAGUGGGAAACGGGUAGUUUCCAUUCCAUCAGCAAGGCUAGUCUCGACCAGAUCUCACGGUCGAUCAGUGCCAACCUAGGGGCCAGUGGCUUUCAAUUUCCGCGCGCUAUUGCGAGUCACAUGUUGUUAAAUAUUAUCAACGCAUGUAGUUCGAAUAUUGAAGUACCUUUUCAUUGGGCUAAAAAGCUUGCAGAAUUCCGCACUAGACAGUUGGAGCUUUUCGGGGUUGACAGGGUGAUAUAUCCUCCACCUACAAUUAUCUUGGCCAAGGAAUACGAUGCUCUGGUCUCAUGGACACGGAAUUGGCCUGGUCAGGCGACGAGAUACGCAGCAAUUCGAAACAUCGACUCGAUUCAUCCUCUCGCUGGAUACCAUCGCGACAUGUGGAAGCAUUUCGACAUGCCCAUCGCUGUUAAGGAGAAUGUCUGUGAACAGUAUUCUCAUCUUCCCGACCACGAAGGAGAUCAACAAGCGCGUUUGAAGUACAGCGAAAACUUCAUCAUGCCACUAGAAGAUCCCAACUUCUUGCGCAAGAAAAACCCGCUUUUGUUUGCAAUGUGCCACCUCUACGACGCCCUUCGACAGCUUGGUUACCUAGAUACUGCGUGGGUGCAACUCGACAAAGUGAUGAGCUUGCACAUCAGCUCACUGUUUCUCGGCCAAGUUCGAACAGAAAGUCCGCGAUCAAUGGCAAACCGCGCUUUUCUCGACUGUGGGGCACCUCCUGAGCUUUUUCGAUCGUCUGGUUCCAAUAGGAACCGUCGUGAAAAGAAUUUCGAGAAGCUUUUGGUAAAGAGUACGAACAAGUCGGGUGCUUUUGAUUGGUCGCCGAUGAUGGCCAUCGUCGCAGACCACCUUCAUGACCGAGAGCCGCUGCGACGCACGUUGUUUCGCUUGGAUGAAGAAAUGGUGGCACAAGAGUCCAAAGCAACUGGACGCUCAAACACAAAGUCUUUCCUUGAAAACAGUGAUCCCAUCGCCUUUCUCGAACGUCUGCGCGAUCAAGUCAAGCAUUUCAACCUUCACUUUGCAGCAGACUACUAUGGGCCGGUCCGCACUUGCGGCGGGCUAUUUGAGACCAUGGUACCAGACGAUGAACAGCAAAAGGGACAUUCGGUGCAGAACCCGGCCACUGCAGACCUAUGCGCAGUCUUGUCAAUAUUGGGGGAACUUGCGGUAUUGAGCGAGAGGGCUCGUCCAGGUACGCCUGCUGAGAAGUCGCCUGUUGCUACGCAUAUCGCCGGCGUUCUGAAGAACUACAUCCAAGGCGGUAUGAGUGUUGCUGAGCUACAUUCUAAGUUCAAAUACAGAGAAUCCGAGUAG